CAGAGACAGUGGGACGAACUCCUCGCGAGAGGUGAGGUUGAAGCUGCCUCCGCCAUCUUGGAGAUGGGAGACGGGCGAUGGCUGUGGUCCUUCUGCUAAUGCAAACAACAGAACAGUCACAGUAGUCGCCCCAGAGUGAGGUUUUCAUCAUUGUUAACUAUUGACCAAAACUACAGAAGAAGCGAGAGUGUCAAAACCGAGCUCAGCGACACUGUGAGCCCUUUCACUUUUCUUCUGGGUCGGCUUAAGUGAAGUGACUGAGGACCGGAAGGAUGGUGCAGUCCUGCUCCGCCUACGGCUGCAAGAACCGAUAUGAUAAGGAUAAACCUGUUUCUUUCCACAAGUUUCCUCUUACUCGACCCAGUCUUUGUGAAAAAUGGGAGGCAGCUGUCAGAAGAAAAAACUUUAAGCCCACCAAGUACAGCAGUAUUUGUUCAGAACAUUUUACUCCAGACUGCUUUAAGAGGGAGUGCAACAACAAGUUACUGAAAGAGAAUGCUGUACCCACAAUAUUUCUUUGUACUGAGCCACAUGACAAGAAGGAAGAUCUUCUGGAGCCACAAGAACACCUUCCCCCACCUCCUUUAACACCUCCCAUUUCCCAGGUCGAUGCUGCUAUUGGGUUACUGAUGCCUCCACUUCAAACCCCUGAUAAUCUCUCAGUUUUCUGUGACCACAACUAUACUGUGGAGGAUACAAUGCACCAGAGGAAAAGGAUUCAUCAGCUAGAACAACAAGUUGAAAAGCUCAGGAAGAAGCUCAAGACUGCCCAGCAGCGAUGCAGAAGACAAGAACGACAGCUUGAAAAACUAAAGGAGGUUGUACACUUCCAGAAAGAGAAAGAUGAAAUAUCAGAAAGAGGCUAUGUGAUUCUACCAAAUGACUUCUUUGAAAUAGUUGAAGUACCAGCAUAAAAAAAAAAAAAUGAAAUGUGUAUUGAUUUUUAAUGGGGCAAGACCACACAUCCUCUUUUAGCUUAUAUAGGAAUUUCAUUUGGGGAAAAAAAGCACUUGAUUACUUGUAUAAAAACAAUUCAGAAUAUUUUUUUAAAAAAUAAAUUAGAUAUAUACUGUAAAAUUGUAAAUUUUUGUUUGUAAUUUCAGAGUUUUUACAUUAAAAACAAUAUUUUAAAAGUUAUUUUAAAAAGCCUUAGACUGCCAUUGUAAGUUGGUUUCAAGAUUGGAGAUUUUGUUUGAAUAUUUAUAGAAAUAAUGUAAAAAUGAAAAGCACAGAGAGAGAACAGUGAAGUAAAGAUAAGAUUUAAGUUUCAAUUUUAAAAAUUAAUGCUUUUUAUUGAAAAAACUUAGUUAUAUUUUAAAUCAGGAGUAUGGAUUAGAUUGUAAGGUAUAACCUGUCUGUGUAUUCAAACAUUCACAUCCGUAAAAUCAGAAGGUUCAUUUAUCUUUCUGAAUCACUUGUCAAGGAUAAAUUGGCAAAUCAAUUGAAAAAGAUUUGACUGUUUCAGAACAGAAAAUAAAGAAUCAUUCUGUAUCUAA